AAGCCCAGCAUGGUAAAGGACAUCAUGAAGCUUCUAUGCCACAUUUAUGAGAAGGAGAAUAUGAAGGACACCACCAAGUACUCUAUAUUGGGUGGCAUGGCUGUGGGGGCAAUGGCCUUAGUCGGUGGCUUGGCUGGUGGCCCACCAGGAUUUGCUGUUGGGGGGACCGUUGGGGGCCUGUUAGUUGCCUGGAUGACUAGAGGAAAAUUUAAGCCUGUUCCUCAGAUCUUAAUGGAGCUGCCUCCUGCUGAACAGCAGGAACUUGUUGACGAAGCUGCUGCUAUCAUCGGGAACUUGGACUGGACAGACGCUGUGCAGCUGACCACCCUGGUCAUGAGCAAUGACCCCAUUCGGCAGAAGCUCUUGGCCCUGGUUACAACCUAUGUCAUCAAGGAGCUGCAUGCUGAGAUUGUAAGACCUCAAAAACCGAGGGUGCCCCAGCACCCCACACUCCAGAAGGUGACACCCAAAUCACUCGCAAAAAACGGUCUCGAUGCAAUAGCAUGAGGAUUUCUUUAUUCCAGAAUUCUGGGUUCCAUAGCCGUGCACCACGCAGGGUCAGAGGACUAUGGACCCCAAGUGCCGAAUUGUGACAGCUUUUAUAAGUUUACAACAGAGCCCUCGAAUCACAAACUAAUAAUUUCUUAGCACGGAGAGCCUGCGAAA